CACAAGGGUAUAAACAAGCACAAAUACUGAUUCGAAAAAGAUUAACAUGGGCGUCUGGUUUUCUGUCCCCAGUUAAUAAAUCUGAAACCCUAGUUUUAAGUAAUUAGGACCAAGAAGUGAAAGUGAGGAAAUCAGUUGUCCCAUGAAGAAAAGUUCAGGAUAAAGUCAUCUGAAAAUCUUUAAGUAGAAAAUGUCGAGAAACCUUCAACCUACUAUUAUACUAAAAGGGGAUUGAAAUUUGAGUAUAUUUCUGAACGUGUUCAGUUUGGAGGAAUUUUAACUGAAAGUGCUACGUGGCGGAGAUGUUGCUUGAUAAUGAUACGGUAAUUUCCACUAUGCUUAUCUGUGAAUGUGUAGUUCCUUACAUCACUACACAAGUUCUUUAAUCAAUCCAAGUCCAGUGGUUCUUUAUACAUAACGAUGAAGAGAUGUAGGUAAUGCUUCCUGAUAUAAGCUGAAAUGUCUUUUGUAGAUGAUGGUCGCGUUAAACCGAUCCCAAAGAGGAGUCAGAAGGUGAAGGAUACCCACGUCGCUUCAGAAAAUAGCUGUCUCAUUCGUGCUACUCUUGGGAACCAAAAAAUCAGUACGGUUGUUCAUCAAAAAGAUAUGAAUAGAUUCAAUCAGGCUUAUUCCAACCUUUUGAAAGCUAACAUUGAUGGCCUGAAGAAACGUGACAAGCGUGUGAAGGCAACGAAUUCAUCAAGUAAAAUCAAUCAAUCUAAAAUGGAUAAAGGUUAAUAUUUUGACGUCGUUUCUUGACUUUCACAUUUAAUAUAAUGUAUUCAUAUUUUGCUUCCUGUACAUAAUACUGUGUCAAAUGUUUCGGUUAUUUUGGUGAUAUGAUAAUAAAAAUGUGCAUACUUUUGGUUUCUAUUGUUUUAUGAAUUUUAGUACUUUGUCAAUCCUUAAGUAAAACGGUUGAAUCCAUCUGUUUGGUGAUAAAUUAUAAAGUGU